AUGGAGUAUGCUAAAGUGACAGACCAAAACAACGAACUGAAAACCCGGCAGCUAGAAACCAUGCUAUGCACUAGGGCCUCCACGUUCAAAUUCUCGCCGCCUCUCAAAUCAUACACCAGAACCCCAAUGGAGUCUCCACAAACGAAUCUCCGUUGUUCAUUCAUAAGCUCUGCUACUCGUUCUGCCCCCCGAGAAGUUCAAAUCGAAGACAACGGCGACGGGUUCAUCACAGAGCAGGAGUGGCAGGGAUGGGGCGCUGUGUCUCCAGUACCAUCAAUGGUGAAGCAGGUCGUUGAGGAUUUGAAGAUUUUGGAGCAAAAUAUUGAUGCCCAGAUGAAUUUUGGUGGAAUUGGCGGCAAAUUACAGGGGGAUUUUAGAGUUGUUGAGGAUAAGAAACAUAGAGCAACAUACCAAGCAUUAGAUGAUUCUGAGAAAAAGUUUCAGUUCUACUCUGCUCGGCAAAUAGCUUGCCGUUUGCUAGGAAGCAGAGGUUACCUCUGCCAGAAGUGCUGGCUUCCUUCGGAAGAUUGUAUGUGUUCAAAAGUUAAGCCUUCUACUCUUUGGCAUGGGAUACGAUUUUGGUUGUAUAUGCAUCCAAAGGAUUUCCUAAGGCAGAACAACACUGGAAAGUUGUUAUGGCAAAUAUUUGGUAUUCAAGCUGCAACCUUGUGUCUCUAUGGCAUUACAGAAGAUGAGGAGAUCAUGUGGGACACUUUUAAGCUUGCAGGAAAAAGCAGGGUAUGGUGCCUUUAUCCUAACCAGAAUCAGGUGGUAAAGUCUGUUCAAGACGCUUUCGGUCAGGAAUCUUCAGAGAAUCGAAAAUGUGAACCAACAAUGAUGAAUAGAGAUGAAACUCUGAAUUUCAUUCUGAUUGAUGGUACAUGGAGCAAUUCUGCCGCAAUGUUCAGGCGUUUAAAGGAGUAUGCAAAGUCAGUUUGGGGGGAUGAUGAACUUCCUUGCAUAUCUCUUACUACUGGUGCAUCUGCAAUGCAUAAACUUAGGCCCCAGCCAUCAUGGGAUCGUACUUGCACAGCAGCAGCAGCUGUUGGCCUCCUUUCUGAGCUGCAACUCCUUCCAAAGUUUAGCUUCUAUGAAUUAAACAAACAAGCCGAAGCAGUGGAGGAUGCCCUAGAUGUCUUAUUGGAAUUAUGA